AUGGAUAAUCGUACGCGAAAUGUUCAUAACGUAAUCUCAUCACGUAAUCAUAGUAAGAUUACCUCCCACCGUCCAUUUCAUAAACGAAAUCGUACUCGGAAUAACAAUAAUCUCAUUAAAAUCUAUCCCAAUAAGAAUCUGCAUAACACAGGUGUUAACGCCUUUUCACAAAAUAAUCCAUCUCAUGUUCCCAAGGUGAUGGUGACUAAUGUGAGGUCUUUAGUUCCAAAACUAGACGAAGUACAAGAAUUCCUAAUUCGGAAUGACUUUAAUUUUGCGUUUAUUACCGAGACAUGCUUAAAAGAGUCAAUUGCAGAAAGCAUAAUUAACAUUCCUGGUUACACAGUAUUUCGCACAGAUAGGAAAAAUGAUGAUCAUGGUGGUGUAUGUGCUUAUAUUCGAACUGAAAAAUGUAAUUACAGACGAAUGGACGAAUUAAAUUGCUGUGAGAAUCACGAGAUCUUGUGGCUUUACUUACGACCUGACCGCUUACCUCGGGGUUUCUCAUGUAUAAUUUCAGGAUUGGUGUACCACCCACCCAGUGGUAAUGCAAGUUUGAUCUGUGACCAUCUGACCAUCUGUUCAACUCACUCACAAUGGCCGAAUCCAAAUACCCCAACUGUGGUAUAUUAG